GAAACGUGAAGACAAAGGUGGGGGUCGCAACGCGAUACUGUGCUAGUGGGAGAAACGGGGGUCUCCAGAAAGAUGUAGAGUGAACAAAAAGAGAAAGUAAAAGCUCUUAUAUAGAUAAGAGAACGGAAAACUAAAGAGAGAAAGAGAGACCGAGAGAGAGACCGAGAGAGAGAGAAAGAGGGAGGGGAAUCAAAAGGAGAACGAGGCGUGUUCAGUGUCUGAAUCAGAGUCACUAGCACAAAACCUAGAACUUUCCCCUUUUAAAUGUUCACCUUUUGCUUUUCAACUUUCAUACCUUGUGGAUCUAUUACUACAGGAACUCUCUUAAGACUAUUACUGGUGAACAGUUCACAGGCGGUUGUGAUAAAGUCAACAUUUGAGUGCGAAUACUGAGGACAUUUGACAUGAAACUGGGGAAGAAGCUACUCAUCCUCGGAUUCAUUUCUUUGAUGGGGAAGUGUUUUUCUUAUUGUUUGCUGGGAUUCACCGCCAAAGAUGGCCAAUGUUCUGAUGAAAACGAGUGCAGUGACCAUGAAAUUCGAUGUGGAAACCACACAAAGUGUUUCAACACCAAUGGAAGUUUCUACUGUCAUUGUGAGUCUGGGUUUCGUAACAUCGUAGGGAAAGUGAACUUCACAGCAGAAGAUGGACAGUGCCAAGAUAUAAAUGAGUGCAAGGAAAUUCCAAACAUAUGUGGAAACCACUCAAAGUGCGACAACACCAUUGGGAACUACUCCUGUCAGUGUGACUCUGGGUUCCGUGAAAGAGUAGACGGACAAUGUCAAGAUGUAAAUGAGUGCGAGGAGGCAGAAAAAAAUAAGGAAAUGCUCUGUGGACAGAAGGGAACUUGUAUGAAUCUUAAUGGGAGCUACUGGUGUCAAUGUCCAAAAGGCUACACUAAUUAUGGUUUCAAUGGGAUGACCUGUUCAGGCCUGAACUGUGACAGCUUCAGUGAUCAUAGAGGAACAGCACAGUCCCUUGGAGGCCUGGCAGCCAUGUUGUCCACUAUGAAAAACAACUGUUUGGCUCUGGUUAACUCAAGUGCCAUCAAUGAAACAAAACUUGAUGGAGAGGCACUGCUAGAGAAACUUUCCACAGCGACUGAUGCCAUUCUGUCCGGUGGGUUGCUGAAAUCAGAAAAUCAUGUGACUGAAUUACUCAGUACUGUGGAAGGCUCCAUUUUGUUAAUUGGUCCUCUGCUCAAACACAACAGCUCAAAGAUGGAGACUUUGCAGACAGAAACCGAGAUCGCUGUUCAGAGGCAAAAGAGCCGACCCACCGGACCCAUCCAUCUGACCAAUCAAAAUGCAGCAGUUGACACUGACUGGACAACGGCGAGCGGGACGGGACAGUACUCUGGCUUUGCGCUGGCUGCAUUGUUGACCUACAAGAACCUUGAGGUGUCAGUUAAUAGAUCUUUUGAGGGGCUAAAAGGGCACAAUAGGACGGAAGAUGAUGUGGAUCCUUCCUUUAAGAUCUUCUCUAAAGUUGUGUCAGUUGUGGUCUCCAACCCUUCCACUCAACAGCUGGACCGCCCCGUUACCAUCACACUCCGACAUCUAGAGGACACAGAAAAGACCCCUGAGAUGGAAUAUGUGUGUGCAUACUGGAAUGACAGCGGGGCCUGGUCCACAGAGGGUUGUUAUUCGCAGCUGUCCAACGUCUCACAUACUGUGUGUAUGUGCAAACACCUGAGCAGCUUUGCGGUUUUAGUGGCUCUAUACCCUGUGGAGCACACAUUUGGGCUCCUACUGGUGACCAAGCUGGGGCUGAUCAUCUCCCUGCUGUGCCUGGUCCUGUGCAUACUGACGUUCAAGUUCUGCCGCUCCAUCAAAGGAACCCGCACCACCAUCCACCUGCACCUUUGCAUUUGCCUCUUAAUGGCUGAUCUCAUCUUCCUGGCUGGUAUCUCACAAACUAAACCUAAGGGUGGCUGCAGAUUUGUUGCAGCGAUGCUUCAUUUUUUCUUCCUGGGAGUGUUUGCCUGGAUGCUGCUAGAAGGAGUGCAGCUGUACCGUAUGGUGGUCCUCGUGUUCAACGCCACCAUUCGCCCCCUCUACCUUUACAUCACUGGUUAUGGGAUGCCUCUUCUUAUUGUUAUUCUGUCUGCCAUCAUUAGACCAAUAGGAUACGGUACUGACGAACACUGCUGGCUGUCUUUGGAGAACGGCUUCAUCUGGAGUUUCGUUGGCCCUGUGUGCUUAAUCAUCUUUGUCAAUAUUUUCUUCUUUAUCGUCACUGUGUGGAAGCUUGCCCAGAAGUUCACAAGCCUCAACCCUGACCUCUCCACACUGCACAAAAUCAAAGCUUUCACCGUAACAGCUAUAGCCCAGAUGUGUAUACUGGGACUAAUGUGGGUGUUUGGAACGUUCCAGUUCCAAAAGGACAACAUAGUAGGGGCAUAUAUCUUCAGUAUCCUCAACAGCCUGCAGGGAGCUCUUGUUUUUAUCAUGCACUGCCUGCUGUCCAAACAGGUGAGGGAGGAGUAUGCACACUUCUUUUCCUGCAUCUGCAAACCAGAAAAGAGAUACUCAGACCUCAGCAGUACCAACCCCUCCAGUAGUAGCCAGUCACAAGGUUCCCGUGGUGGACAGAAUACAGGAAAUUCCCAAAUAUAAAGAGCUCUGUCUUUUCCGCAUCAGAGACUGUCACAUGAAGAGGAAAAAUGAAAAAUGAAAAAUUUUUCCUAAUGACUAAGCUUUAUUUUGUAAUAUGCUGAGGAGCUGCUGUCGACCAGGCCUCUAACCAGGACCAAAAUGAGAAGAAAACAUCAAACCAUAUACCACGUUAGCAUCGUUGCUAACCAUUAUUAUUGAAAUGGGACAAAUUUUACUACUGUAAUUUCCAGGCUAUAGAGUGCACCAUUCAAUUUAUAUUUAAAAAAAAAAGUUUUUUAUAUAUAGGCCGCACCUGUCUAUAACCUGCAGGUGUCCACGUUGCAGAAAGUUAAUGCACAGAAAGAUUUUUAUAACUUUAUGUUUUUUUUCUUCAACAAUGCUGGCUGGUUAAAGUAAUUGAUCCCUAUCUUCUGCUGCCUUCUGCGCAUAAACGACCUCACAAUUACUUCUUCACAUACUUUCUCUGUCUUUCUUUUGCUGUUUCGUUAUGUUUUUCCUCAUAGUGAAGGGAGGUGCCAUAGUCCGUGCCCUGAUGGACAGACCUUAAUUUUAAGGUGGCGACUGUUUUCGCUUUUGUUGAGUGCAGCAACUCCUGUGUGGUUUGCACAUAAGAAUAAGUGAAAGAAUCUCUUUUGGUGAGCUAGUCAUAUAUUUAAGACUGUAAGAAUAAUCUGCUUUGUCGGCUCUGUCCAUCUGAUGGGGUCAGCAAGUCAAUCACAUACGGGUGCAUUUUUUAAAAAAACUAUAAGAGCUAUACCGGUUCGGUGGCAUGAAGCUUGUAAACCAGUAAAUCCACAAAUUAGCUUCACCGUUUUUAAGCCGUUUUUAAGCUAAGAGUUCAAAUCGCGUGAAAAAAGUAGUGGAUUAUUGUCCAGAAAUUACGGUACUUAACAUAUAUAAUCACAUAAAUCUUAAAUCGUUUUUACCUCAACACAUAGUUGUUCUUAUUUUACUUGUGUCAAAUGGUUCGUAAAAAGUGAACAUUUUGUGUAAAGUAGUAAGUGUGUUAUUCUCACAAUCAUAAGGUUUUUGCAGAAACUCAAUAAAUAAGGUUGAAGGGUUUAUCAUUCAUAUCACAAUCAUUAUAUAAGCUGUAUUCCCUAACAAGUGAGGCUCUGCUGCAUCCUUUAUGCUACAAGGAAACAGUGCUUUUGUUCCUGAUAGCAAAAUAAUAAAAGUAGGACGGUGGGUUUACUUUGUUUUCAUGGGCUCUUUCAUCUAUUUUCUGCUGUCUGUAAAAUACCCAUGAAAAAGGAUUUGUGUUCCUGUUAUUUUCAACAAUUUCAUGGCGGUUCUUGAACAAAAUUAGUGUUUUUGUAAACACUUGUAGCUAUUUUGAAUGAACAUGAUUGUUUACACUUGGACCUUUUGUGAGAGAAAAACUAAAUUGUUGGUUUGCACCUCCACACAUUGCAGGUAUCUUUACUGUUUCAUACCCCUUUUAUGAGAACUUUACCAUGAUGGGACAUAAUGGAAUUAUUUCAUGUAGAGGCCUAUUCCUGUUGUAGCACUUUUCCUGUUAUAUUGAUAAUUUAGUACAUCUUCACUCAGAUGGUGCAUGAAAUCACCAGGAAGACUUGGGACCAAAGCAGAAGUAAAGCUUGGUUUUAUAUUUUUAAGUUAACAAUUUUAAACACAACAGAUAUGUAUGUCAGUAUGCUGUUAGUGAAUUAUUUAGUCCUGCAAUGCUGGUUGGCUGCACCUUUCUCUGACAUUUGUCCUUGUUACCUUUUGUUCUUGUGUUUUUAAAACAUAUUUUUAUGUGAAAAAGGUUUUUAUGAAUGUAAGAAUAUUAAUGUAGUUUAAAGGGAUGUGAACCUAUUUUUCUACUUUGUCACGUUGUAAGUAGUUUGGUACUGAAUUUCAAAAUGUUCAGCAAAGGUUUAUUAAAAUCUUCUUCAUUCAAA